GUUAACAAAGCGUGGGCCCAACCAAUCACAAAAGUUUGUUUUUGGUGCGUCAGCUUGAAAAAAAGGGGGCUGAAAUACAAAGGGUAAUUCUGUAUCUGAAAGCUUUUCUUGCCUAACAUGAACUCAAUUGUUGAAUUUUCUUAGAAACCCGAACUAAAUAAAUCUGCAGCUAACUUGAUGAGAUUUCGGGUGGUUGUUGGGCGUUAUUUUCUAAUCCUUACUUGAACAUUUAUUCUCAUUGUCUUUGAUUUCAAAUUUCACUUGCUUUCUGUUCACUGUUAUUUUAAUCGAGUGGAGUUACACAUUUAGACGGCAUUUCUGUUUUCCUUAAUAAAAGCAAAAAGGUUAAAAUUUGGACGCAAGUGCUUAAAUAAUUAACUUUGAGCACGCUUGGAGAGACUGCUGAAUUAAAUUUCAUUUCUGAAAAUUACCGAUGGCGUUUAUGAGUUGUGUGAAACAUAAGGAGCCUCAGCAGGAACAAACAGGAAUCAGCGAGUCAGAUUUCAAUGAAAAGUUGGACCCUGGAACUCCAGAGCAGAAAGCCUCCUUUUCUCUGUGUGGAAUAGAAAAACUGAGUAAAAGUGCAUGCAGUGGAAACCAACUGGAAAACUGUCAAUUUGAUCGAGAGGCCACAGGUUCGAAGCCCGCAAAGAGCCAGGCUGAUGACACAAAACGCAGAAUGUUGGCCAGGCAGCAAACCUGCCCGGAUGUUUCCCGCGAUAAAUCAGGCUUCACGUGGGAAAUUUACGGCAGUGGACUUUCCAAAGAUGAAGUAAACGCAGCUGUUCAAAAACAUCUGGCACGAAAAGCGUCCACAGGAACACAGCCAAAGUUGAAACUGAAAAACCGAAAGCGAUCUGAAGGAGUGACGUCACAAUCGAGAGGCCGAGAAGACAGAUCGGAAUGCGACGAAUCAGCCAAUGAGAUGAGUCGUUCGCUGUCAGCUGCACCAUUUUCCAAAAUGAAUAACAGCAGGGGGGAUAACCUGACUGUAAAAAAAAAUGUGGAGUUGACAAAAAGCAAUGAAAUUCAUUACGUUCAUCACUUUUCGAACUUUUCAGCGAUGAUAACUUGAUAAAUUAGACGCCAAACUAAAACUUAUGUUAAUGAGCUGAAGUGCUGCUAAUGUGUUAAUUUUCUGAUAAAAGUCAGCUACCCGAACUCAUCUAUGAAAUCGAUAUGAAUAUUUUUCUUCAACAUUUUUUUAAAGGAAUGCAAAUUUAUUCCGGAAGCUAAAAUGAUUCCAAGACUUAAAAUUUUCCUUGACUCAAAAAAGAUGUUGCCAAACUUUCGACAUUUCGAACUUGACCUAGAUCUGCUUCAAAUUUCCCUUGUUGUUUUUUUUUUCCUGUAGAACAUAAAUAUCACGUGCGGAUCCACUUUUAAAAUUUA